UUGGCUCGAGCUCGUGUAUUGUCAUUUUGAAAUAAAAUCAAAAAUAAACUUAAAAUCUCCUUUUUUUAGAUAAAGUCCACAAGAAAUUCAAUAAAUAUGUCCAUGUCAAUGCUGAAAAAAAGUAUGGCAAUUGUCGAAGAGGAUAUGGAAUCAUCUAAGAAAAACAAACAAAAAGAAACCACUGUGAAGAAAAAAGGAUUUAAACCAAAUAAAUUUAGAUAUGAAGAACCUGCAAUCAAAAAGCCUUCUGUUAAGAAAACUAUUAAAGAAAUUCGACAAGAAAUGGAAUCAAGUAGUCAAAGAGCUGAGGAUAAUGUUAAUAAACUUCUUACCUUCACAAAACAUUCAGUCAAAAUCAAAAAUGCAGAAAAGAUUCUUCAACGAAUUCAUAAUGGAAAAUAUGUUGUGAAGAAAGAAGAACCUGUCGUGGAACAAGAAUCUAUCUUCACUGAAGAAGAUUUCGCUAACUUUGAAAAGGAACUCGCUAAUACUAUUUAAGCAUAAAUAUGUAUUAUAAUUAUUUAAUUUAAGCAGACAAUACUGUUUACAGUUUAAAUUAAACAAACAAACUUUUGAAAAGUAAUAUAAAUAAUGUAAAAAUGUAUAGUUUAUCAUUUUUUAUAUUUCUUUUAUAUUUUAGUACAAAAUAUACACAAAUUUAAAGUUUAACAACAA